AUGUUCAGUCCUAUGCAGCCAUCGAGGCCGAAGCUGCCUCACCAUCUACCGCCCCAACCAACAAGUCAGCAGCAAAUACGCACAUCCUCCACUCUGUCCUCACAAUAUCCGAUUCCCCCAUGUACCUCAAUACCAUCAACUCUCUCAGUGUUUCCCAGAAACCAAAUUGAAGCUAUGCCUCCAUUACCCUUCCCACUAGCAGUAGCGCGAAAUCCUAUCUCGGAAGCCCAGAAAAUGAUACUCGAUGCGUCGAAGAGACACCCAGUGUUCUUUACUGAAAGGUUGAAAAAAGCGCCUGAGGGCGUAAAUGCGGGGGAUGGGAUUUGGAGCAGUCCAGUGGCGAAGGGGUAUGUUUUUAAUGAUGGGGCUCAGAGAAAGGUGGAUGGGAUUCAUAAAUUGUGAGGCGCUGGAGUUAGGUAUAGUAAGUAAGCAGACUGAGACUUCAAAUGAGGAUAGUAAAGUUGAUGAAGAAGAGACAGAACUGUACUCGCAGGUAUACCAACUCUCCUUUGAAUGUUGGCCGAAUGGGAAGCAGUUUAUAGGUCCUGGAGGGAUUUGAGAACAAGGCUGAAGGUCAAGUUGAGAUCGUUGUGAGCAUCAAAGAUUUCGACGUCAGCAGUUAAUGGGAGU